CUUGAGGGACCUACUGGGCACGCGCGGGCGGGAGGCGAGACCGCGGCUGGACGCGGGGUGGGCGGUCCCCGACGCCGCGGCCCCAGGCAAAUACCCCUCACCGCCCGGGCGUCCCGUCCUCCCCUCUGGCCUCGCGGGGUUGGCGGGGCGGGUCCGCGGCCGGGCCCGGGAGGGGCGGAGCCCGCGGGAGUGCGGGGAGGAAGGCCGCGCAGGGGUAGGUGGUCCCCGAACCAGGUCCCAGGAGGAGGUGGAGUGUCCGUGUUGGAAGGUGCGGGGACACUGGGCUUAGCGUUUUAUCCGCCGUUACCGCCGAGUCUUCAUCCGGAAACUGGUACCUCCGCUGUGACGGUGGAGGACACUGAAACCUCAGUAACUGCCGGAGGCAGACACACAGCGAGUGGUAGAGUCCUAAAUUGAAUUCCCACGCCGCCACCCUUGGCCCUCCCUCUGCACGGCCUCGCCGCUGCACCCGGACGGGAAGUGUUUGCAAACGUCCUUUGAGCAUCUUUUGUCUCGGCUUUGUAUUCCUUGGCCCUCCGAGCGAAAACAGCUAGGUGGGUGGCCCAGCUCCUGCCUGCUAGGUUGCGUAUACCUGAACCAGUCGCUACAAAUACAAAGCGAAGGGCUCCGCUGAGUGCCCCGCCCCCAGGGAGGGGGGCGUGGCCAUCAGCUGGAGUUGCCGAAUGCAUCGGGAAGCAGGCCGAUUUGAGCUGGGGAUGACCCGGAAGAUCAGUGAAAGGACGUUCCAGAUCUGGGGCGCCAAAGCAAAGACUCACAGUUUCCCCCCAACAGGUACAGAUCGCACCGGGAAGCUGAACACAGUCCUUUCAUGCUGCUGUGGAACAGGUGUUGAAAACCCAGAUAGCCGCAGGGAUGGGCAGGAUUCUGCCCUAUCCCUCAGCUCUGCAUUUGAUGGCUGGGAUCCUGGGGAUCUUGUUUUCCUCUGACUGUUGGGAUUCCUGUUACCAUCAUAUGAAUUCUUCCCCCGGCCACAUCACCAUCCCACCAUCUGGAGUUGUGCUAAGGAAUCUGGGUUUAGACACCUGAGUAUCAAGUUCUGUCCCUGAGGAAUUCUCCGACCUUGGUGGACUGUGGACUCGGUUUGGGGUAUCUCUUUUUGGCAUGAUACUCUCCUGACAAAUCUGUACAUAACGUAUAAUAUUUCCAUUUCUGGAAACACCCUGCUGCCUCAAUUCAGAGCCAUCAAGCCUGUACCCGAAAGUGUCUCCCAGCCUUGGGAGGACCCAGGUUCAUUUCGACUCACUGUUUUUUUUUUUUUUCUGGAAAUAUGUGGCUCUCAGCUCAGGCAAUGUCAAAACAGCCCAGGCCUACAGACCUCCCAGGAGGACAGAAUUUUUUUUUCUUACCCACGAAGCGGGACUCACGUGGUUGGAUAGGAGACCUUGUCUUUAUUUCCGGGAUCUUCCAUAUAAUAUUCACAUGACUCACAUGCCAAGUCAUUUAUGGUGGCGUGGCUUCAUUCCAGGUACCCUCCGCUCUCCCUUCCCCAGUCCCGAUGUGGCUGCCAGGAAUGGUCCCUGUGGCUGCAGCUGGCCUUGUCUCAAGAGGUAGCGACCUUUGGCGGGUAUGACCGAAGACUAGAGGUGUUUGGAAGCCUCUGGAAGGACUGCUGAAGGGUGCAGGGACACAAUGCUGGACAGUCAUGAGAAUGUGGUCCCUCGGGGAUCCUUCUUACAGCUCUCCAUGAUGCCCCAGAAAGCUGGAAAUGACUCCCCUGGUGUUUCCAGCACAAGUGAAACGGAAAUGGAGAUAAGUAACAUGAGAAAAAAGUUUCUUACAAGUGUGACAAAGUUAGUAGAAAGCAAAAGUUACAACAGCAAGGUAUUUUCCAAAGAAAAGUACUUUCAAACAAUAAAAGAAGUCAAAGAAGCCAAGGAAAAGGGGAAGAAGUCAUCACGUGACUACCGCCGCGCAGCAAAAUAUGACGUGAUCUCCGUGCAAGGCACGGAGAAGCUAAUAGAGGCUGCUCACAGGGAACGUGAUCGAAUACGGUAUUACGUACAUAAGGAAGAGUUGUUUGACAUUCUUCACGACACACAUCUCAAUAUUGGACACGGUGGGCGGACACGGAUGCUCAAGGAGCUACAAGGAAAAUACGGGAAUGUCACCAAAGAAGUCAUUGUCUUGUAUCUGACACUCUGUAAACAGUGCCACCAGAAGAACCCAGUGCCCAAGAGAGGUCUUGCGCCCAAGCCCAUGCCUUUUAAGGACAUCGACUCCAGAUGCCAAGUUGAAGUACUUGACAUGCAGUCAAAUGCCGAUGGUGAGUUCAAGUUUAUUUUGUAUUACCAGGACCACUUGACCAAGUUUAUCGUCUUACGACCGUUAAGAGCUAAACAGGCCCACGAGGUGGUCAGUGUCCUGUUGGAUAUUUUCACAAUUCUCGGUACCCCUGGCGUGUUAGAAUCUGACAGCGGCGUGGAGUUCACAAACCAGGUUGUUAAUGAGCUCAAUGAGGUAUGGCCGGAGCUGAAGAUGGUCUGUGGUCAGCACCGCCCUGGCCAAGGCCAGGGCUCCCUGGAGCGAGCGAGCCGUGACGUCAAGAACAUGAUACGUGCCUGGAUGCAGAGUCACCGGUCACGCCGCUGGGCCGAAGGCCUGCGAUUUGUGCAGCUGGCGAGGAAUCAGGUGUUCGACGUUUCCUUGCAGCAAAGUCCAUACGAAGCGAUGUUUGGCUGUAAGGCCAAACUCGGCCUGUACUCCUCACACUUACCCCGCGAAACCGUGGCCGUCUUACAGACAGAGGAAGAGCUGGAAAUUGCAGAAAAACAGCUAGAAAGCAGCCUUUGGAUCAGGCAGGAAGAAAGGACUGAGAUGGGAGCAGACAGAUCUGAUAUGGAUGAGGACAUCGAUCCCACGCCUCCGGAACCUACAGAGCCCAGCACCUCACAGGGGGCCCCAGGCCUCUUCUGCUGGUGAACGGGCGCCUGCUGGGUGCUGUCCAGCCAUCUGAGAACUGUCGCAGGAUUCCCCGGGGAAAGGAACAUGAAGGCCGCGCUCCCCACAGUCACUCACGUUGUCCACGGCAGUGCUUGCAGCGAGGGGAGAAGCGGGCCGGGUCCGUAACAAAUGACCACAAACUUAGCGGCUUAACAGGAAUAUACCCUUUGGCAGCUCUGGAGGCCAGAAGUUCAAGAUCAAGGUGUCGGCAGGGCUUGUUGCUUCUGGAAGCUCGGAGAGAAUCCGUCCCGUGCCUUUCUCCUCUCCCUGGUGGCCGCUGGCAGUCCUCUGCGUUUCUUGGCUUCCUCGAGUCUCUGCCUCAUCUUCACGUGGAGCUUCGCCUGGCCUUUCCCCCUCUGUCUCUCUGCGAUCUCCUUUUCUGUCUCUUAAAAGGACACCACGGCAUCCGAACCCCAUGCCAUUGGAUUUAAGGUCCUCCCCUAUCAGGGAUGAUCUCCUCUCGACAUCCUCACCUUAAUUGUAUCUGCAAAGACCCUUUUUCCAAGUGAGGUCCAAUUCACGGGUGUUGGGGGUUUGGACUUGGACAUACCUUUCUUGGGACACAGUUCUACCAACUACAGCCAGUAGAAGAGUAUUUCUGCCUGCAGAACAUGAACCGAUGGGGUCUUAAGUGUGGUGCCCUACGUACAUCUAGUACGUAUUCCUUCUGCCAAGCCCCCCUCCUCAGACAACAUCCCGAAAGGUGGGGGCAUCGGAGGAAGAGGUGUAGUGAGAAAAGAGGAGAGCGGCCACCUCGGCAUCUGAGCUCUAUUUCCUGCUUCCAGAAGAACUGUAUGUGCCACCCCUGCUGUCACAAUGGCAUGCGCAGGCAACUGUGACCUGCCUGAAACCUAUUUUAAAAGGUCAGAAUUAAGGCAUGGCUGGGA